CGGGGGAGCAUGGCUGCAAGAUCCAAAGCGCACACUUGGUCUACUUCCCUCUGGUUGCUUACACUGCUUCUCACCCGCUCUCGAUCGUGCGACGCGGUCCGUGGACGUUACUGCGUGUUUGUGAACGAUCGUGUUCACCAAUUUGCAUCCGCGCGUUUUGACGCUUUUUUGUAUUGCUUUCGUCGGCUUCUUGGUGAGGAAUAUCGGCUCGAGAUCCGCAGCUGAGAAGAUUGCAGCGACAAUGGCAGCAUAAGGACUAUAUUUCCCGUCUUUAUCAAGUGGAGCGCAUUUAUCGUGAUUUUUUUUCUGCCCACAGUUUUGCGCUCACAAGAGUGCCUCAUCUCAGGGACAUUUGCAGCGCAAGUUGCACAAGUUUAUGUCAACUGGAUUUCCCUGGUGAAAUUUGCUUUUUGUGCUUCUCCCGAAGAAAACAGAGAAAAGUACUGUUUUAUAAAAGAGACUGAGAUUUAUGAACUAACUUUAGGUGUUAAACGGACUUGACUUGCAACAGCAUCCAUCAGAACAUUUUAAAUCAAACAAACCAGGACUGUCGUCGGUUUGGCUUCAUUGCAAAUAUGCCGCAGGUGGAAAUGCUGUUUUUCCUCGUCCUCAUCGUCGGGGUGUGCGCUCAGGACCCGGCUUCCAAAGUGGUAUCCGACCGCUACGCUGUCUUCUGGAACCGCACCAACCCCAAGUUUUACCGGGGGGAUUACCACAUUGACGUCUGCAUAAAUGACUACCUUGACGUCUACUGUCCGCAUUACAUCAGCGCGGUGUCGGAUGAGCGGGCUGAGCGUUAUGUGCUUUACAUGGUGAACUAUGAUGGCUACAGCUCAUGUGACCACACCGCCAAGGGCUUCAAGCGCUGGGAGUGCAACAGACCUUUGUCUUCAAACGGACCGCUCAAGUUUUCAGAAAAGUUUCAGCUCUUUACACCCUUCUCAUUAGGCUUUGAGUUCCGUCCUGGCAGAGAGUACUACUACAUCUCUUCCCUCACUGACGCCAAAGGAAGAAGGAGCUGCCUUCGACUCAAAGUCUUUGUUAGGCCACAAAACAAUUGUGUGCGAAACUCUGGGAGCGUACAGGAAGGGGUCGACUUUGACGAAAACAGUCACAACAGUCUAGAACCAAGAGAUGACAUCAGUCACGAGUCACCGGAGCCUUCUCGAAGGGACGUGAACUCUUCCGCCCGGUGCUGCAAUUCUGUACUCCUGCUUAGCUUUGCUAUCAUCCUCCUGGCAGCGAUCUUGUCUUUAUAGCGGUCGUGCUGAGAAAACUCCCAGGAAUUGACUGUCCUGAUUGGAGCACAGGCUGCCCGACCCUGCAACCCCUCCCCUUUAUUGAGCACUUUUUUAUUACAUAAAAAAAAUUCUAAGGAAACCAGAGAAACACCGACAAUAUCUGUCAGUGAAAGAAGAAGGGACCAUGAAAAACUUCAUUUUGCCAACCAGUGUGAUUGACUAGUGACAUUGGCAGGAAAGAGUGGAAAGAGGCAGAAUCUCAAUAUUCAUCUCCUAGAUAUUAAACAUUUAUUUGUGCAAAAACACAUAAAUACACACACUCACACACACAUUAGUCUUUUUCGGAAGCGCUGCAGGAUCACUCAAAGACCCCUGUCAAGUAACAUGACAACAUCUCACGUCAGAAGAUGGUGGAAGGACGCAUGUGUUGGAGGAAAGGACAUUUUUGCUUGCAUGGGGGGUGAGGGCAACCUUCCACAAUGUAGUAACCUUCCUCAGGUGAGUCGUUGAGAGACUGUGCAGUAGCCUUUGGUGAAAGUAUAUUGGCAACAUUUAAAGAAGCACUCAUAUUUGUGUCUGAAUCGAAGCAAGUUAGAGGUGUAUUGUUUUUUUUUGUUCAUUUGUUUUUUAGUAAACCACAUACAUCAAGUGUAUGUUUGGUUGUGUUUUUUUUUUUUUUUGUCCUGGCAACAUGUGCUUUAUUUAUUGUGAUUUCCGGUCUGGUAAAAAGGCAAUAAGACACACUAGAACAAUAAGUCAUGCGGCUUAUUAGCAUAAAAUACGUUUUAUUUGGGAAGAAAAAAAAAAGAUAAUACUGACUAUUGUAUGUCUGUCUGUGUUUGUCUGUUUUAAUCUGUUUUUGGUUUUAUCAAGUCCAGGAAGGAAGGAAAAAAAAUAAUCUGAUGUGCUAUCAGGGUGUACAAAUGGCGGAAUAUGUGUUCAAAAUAUGUUAUUAAUGAAUGUCACAAUUGUAGGUUUCCUCUUGCAUUAUUCUUUUUGUAAAUCAUUGUCAUUACACAAUUAUUGUAUAUAGUGGCACGUGUCCUAAAGAGUUCAGGGAUGUUUCCAUGCCUAAAGUGAAGUAUAUAGAUAGCAACGGUGAGUUUUGUCUUUUUCAUUUUAAACACAGAUUUGGAUAAAUGAUCAUGAUGGUGCAGUACAGUACAUCAAUUGAUAUUUUAUUCCCUCUGAAUCAAAAUAAUUCAUUUUAGCAUAGAAUUUUGACAUUUACAGAUUUUGUGGGAACACUUACUGCUCUACUUUUUUUUUCUUUUUUGCGGUCUUUCAUGGUAAAUUGUAAACCACAUCCAUUUUCCUACAGGUUAGAAAGCAAACAGUUCUAUUAGCUAUUUCCGUUUUUGGUUUGGUCAAGUGUCAGUCCAGUACAUUUUAAGAAUAGUGACAAAUACUUUGUAGGUAAAUACAAAUAAUAUAAAAAUAAGAGUGGCAGUAAUUUCGUAUGUCAGAUUCCAUUUUUUUUAGAUACCAAAAAAAAAUCUUUAUGGGAGUGGGUUUGUAAGUACAUUACAAAAGUCAGAAGAAAAUCACUUUUUUAUUUUAUUUUGUAGUCUAAUGGUCCACUUUCAUGUGAAUUGAGUCUUUUUCUCUCUAGAGUGCAUAUUUACUCCUAGAUUGCUGCUCAACAUCGGUGCUAAACACAUUUAUAGGUUACAUGCAUGUUCAAGUUUGAUGUUUUGUAACAUUGCAUUCACUAACUCAACUGCAUUUGCAUUGCAUGAUCACACUUGAAUAGCUUUGUUGUCUUUUGUGGAGUUUUUUUCAUGUGUGUGCUUGGAGGGUUUGUUUCACAUCCCUGUAGACCUGGGCAGAUAUUAAAAGAUGGAUUUUUUUUGUUUCAUUUUACUCCCUGACAUCAACCACCAACCUCUGUACAUCUGACUCAAGUCAUCUUAAAAUCGUCACCAUGACAAAAAACAACCAGUUUCCUGGAUACUGUGUAUCCAACAUUGAAUCUGAUGUAACAUACAAUGUUAGAUUGUUUGUUCACACCCCUCUUGAUGGGUGAUCAGUAAGAAAAUACAGUUUGAUAUGAGAAAACUCUUUCAUUUUAUAUGUAUUUUAUAUAAAAUGGAUACAUUACGCCCUUGGGAUGUAAAUUUGUGAAAAUGCUGAGCAAACUGAACAUGCGGUGGUCAUCUUAUGAAUCAUGAAAAGGGCCUUCAUGAGCACCAGAUGGAUUCUUAAAUCUACAAAACGAGUCUGUUUUGAAAUAGUCACUCCAGUUCAUACAGGUGUUUUAUUGAAAUAUAUUUCAGUGCGCCUUUGUUCAUCAUCGCCGCUAGCUUUUUGCAACAAUGUUUCAGGAGAUGUGUUUAAUGUCUAUCGCCAGUUGUUUUAUCUGUUUUCAACAAAUGGUGUCACUCGGAGUGUUGGUCCAAAAGGUUUGGUGUCUGUUUCAUCUGAAUUUGUGCCACCAAUGCCAAUUGCUUGGGAAAAGAUUUGUGUUACUUUUGCAACAACCAGUUCCUCAAACUCCAUGUUUGUUUUAACAUUGUUGUGAGUUUACCUCUUAGCCCCUCCCGAUCUCUUCUAAUGUUUCCCUGUUCAGUCUCUCGCUAGAUUUUUCUACGGAAAGGGGGUAUAUUUGUAAAUACACGUGUUGGAGCAGCUAUAACUAAUGAAAACAAUCAUGGAAAAAAAGGUGUAAUAAAUAUUUCUUUGUCAUUG